AUGUUUCCCGCUCUCUCUGCUCUCCUGGUUGUCAUCCCGGCUGUCCGCGCAGCAGAUAGCUGGGAUGACUUCUCGAGUAACCUUGCAACUGAUUUGGCACCCUUCCUUUCCCUUUUCGGCGAGCAAAUCACCAAGCAGUAUCUAAGCGAGAGCAUAACCUUGUUAGAUUACUUCAUUUUUGCUAUGGCUCCGAUGGGAAUCCUAACGGCCGUAGUAUCCGCUAUUCGGGUCUGCGGCAGCCCUUCGUUGCGUGCUUUCAUCGGCAGGGCUCAGGAAGGGGCGGGAAAUGCUGAAGCCGAAUUGUGCUCUUCCACUAGCCGGGAUGUAUGUGAGCUGUAUAACAAUGGAGGUAUAGCCCGGGUCUUUGGGCGCCCCAAGAUUCUCGAGGUCGUGCAUGAUAUGAAUCCUGCGAAGCAGGAUUUUGCUGACAACGGAACGGCGGGAUUAUAUACAUUUCGAGAAUACGUCAACAGAAAAGACCAGGACGAGUGGCAAGGACAGUCUUUGCAUGAGGUCGACGAAUCCGGCCGAGACAUGGACCUCUUUGCCCCCAAUCUGUCUCUCAAUGUCGGCAUCAAAAGGCAACCUCCGGCUGUGUUUUGGGCGGUAGCUAUUCUUGGACUGCUUCUACAAUCCACUGUUUUGGCCUUCGCCGUCGUCGUCACGUACUUCCUGCGUUGGGAAAAGGACAAGAGUCAGCCAGCAUCAUACGCUUGUCCCUUGACUAUCCUAGGAACUAUACUCGUCUGUGGUGGCAUCUUUCUAUGCGCCUUUCUGGUCGGACAGAGCACAGAUGAGCAGAGAUUUUAUAGGAACCGGGACACCAAGGCUGGGCAAGCAGCAGGGACGAACAAUCGGACACAGUCUUGCAUAUAUUGGGUCCAGCCCGGAAGACAGGUUCUUGGGGACCAGGUUUUUGAUGCGUUUUGUUGCAGCGACAGCAAAAACCCACUGCAGGAGUACAUUGCCUCCUGGAAGAAGCGAUCUCAGAGUUGGUCGAAAAAUGCGGAACUGGCCGUCUGGGCAGCUGUUGCUAUCACCGUUACUGGCUUCAUUCUGCAGUUUAUCGGCCUGCGUGGCAUUCAUUCUGCAGUGUCCAUGUUCCAGCUUGGCGCCAUAAUGAUUAUGAGUGCCUUUCGGGCUGCGCUUCGCAUGCAGCGGCUGAAGCCAGAGGACAAUUACUUUCGCACCUGUCCAGAUGAGAUAGUUGGGCAUGAGCUUGACUGGCUGGCUUUGCGAAUCGGCCGAGAGGGUAUUCAGAAGGAUGAGAGUUCUGUGUCUUCACCCACCUCCAGAUCAACGUCGUCUGCCGGAUAUUCCACGCCGACAACAGACUCUCACUACUUUUGGAAAUACACUGGCUUACCCAAAGCUGGCAACAGAAUCACUCUAGAUCCCCCAAACGUUUCUGUACUCCCAUGUGCUGCUGGUAAGCUGUUGGCCUAUCGCAGUCGUCUCGCACAGCUGACCCAAUCAUCACCCACGCAGACAAAGGCUGUGACAUCUGCCACAAGCCUCGAACCUGGGAUGGUCACUGUGCGCCAAGAGGCCCAACGGUUGCGGCUAGCUAUAGAGUCUGUCAUCAACACAAUAUACUCAACCGCCGGACUUAUCAAGCAAGAAAAGAGGACGGCGAGGCGUUUGAGCUGGCAGAUCAAUGUGGCCGUCCCUGAUAACUUGUCGGAAUUGCAGUCCAUAAACCUGCUGUUUGUUAGGGACGAUUCAGAUGCACCUUGGAAAAUGCAAGACAAGUUCGCCGUAGAGGGUCUACUUGGGUUAUGGCUUUGGUCCUUGAAGUCGGACCCAGUUGUGGAGAUCGAAGACCGGCAGAACAACUUCACCAUGUCCAGGGCAGUUGAGAUUCCGGCACGGCGUAUCGUAGCAACUGAUAUAAACCUUCAAGCGGACCUGAGACUAUGGCUCGGAGGUGACGCGAGCAACCUCACCGAGGAGAUGCUGCGCUUAUCCCGUCCCAACUGUGACAAUCCGAGCACCAUAUGGCAAAAGAGCGGCGAACAAUAUUUGUCUUUCGUUGGCAACAAAUUGCCCGAGCAACUCGAUUCGCAGAUAAUUCGAUUCUUUGGCUGGCACGCGGUGGAUAUCCCACGUACAGAGGGUUCCAACUCGUACAGAAUCUGGACAGCAACCACCAAUAACCCGCUCUUGUCUCUUUGUUCCCAGGAGAUAUUGGCAUCGUUCAUUGCAAGUAUUCUAGUCAUUGCGGAUGAUGUAGGCGGCAUUGACAUCCAAGAUUCUGAAACUCGCCAUUUACGUUUGAAAAACACCUUAGUAUCUGAACUGACAGGAGUCUUCACCGAGACACAAAUAGGAUCGAAAGAAGAUGCACUUCUCUGCAUAUUGCCCUCCAUCCUACAUAGACUGAGCCUUUCGUCCACAGAAGGUGCUCUGCUAGCUGCAAGGAAGGCCGCAGACGACCAUCGGAAGCGUCAUGAGUGGAAGAAAGCCGAAGUUCUGCUGAGGUGGGUUUGGAGAAAUUCCAUCCAAUCUCAUGCCAGAGUGAAUAGCGAUGUCGCUCAAUUUACACCUCGCGCAGCCACUGCACUGGGCGAGUUGUAUCGUUGGGCGCUAUGUGGAAACGAGACAAAGGAGUUUGGCUUUGCCGGGUUCAAAUGGCUUCGACAGCAGAAAGGUGACAACGACGGAAUACUAUCUGAAGCCACUGGAACCGUCAUAGAUCGAUACACCGAGAUCGCAGAGCAGUUUGGCCAACAGCGAACCAAUCCUAUACGUGCUGGGCUUCAUAUGGCCCUCAGAGAAGGGGAAACAGCUACCUUGCUGCAACUGACCCAGCCGUCCUCAUUGACUAUGGAAGCAAAGGGACAGGCUCUGUGCAAAGCUUCAGAGCAAGGCUGGCCUGAAGUUGUCCUGGCGUUGCUCGAAUUAGGAGCAGAACCGGACUUCAAGAAUGAGGCUGAAGGUUCGAGGACGGCACUAUCCUUUGCCGCACAAAACGGCAACCUGGAAGUUGUCAAGGAGUUAAUAAGCCGGCAGGCGUUUCCAAACUCAGCAGAUGCCGCACAUAGAACUCCAUUAUCCUACGCAUGUGAGAGGGGGCAUAGUCAUAUAGUUAAGAUGUUGUUAGCAGAUCAACGUGUCGAUUCGGAUGCUACAGACACUGACGGAAACACCGCUCUAUCAUUUGCCUCGAAAUAUGGACAUGACGAAGUCGUCCUGCUGCUGGUCCGAACCGGAAGAGUCAAUCCAUACGUGGAAAACGCGUCUGGAAAGUCAGCGCUGCAACUAGCCUUGGAGAAGAAUGAUCUGUCCAUCGUUCAGUUACUUCUCAAGACCGAUAAAACAAACGAAAAUCCGGCAAACAAGAGUCCAGAUGCAGCACUCCGCUGGGCAGCCGAGAAUGGUCACGAGGGAAUAGUACGGUUGCUGCUCCAAAAAACAACGCUGAGCGUCAAUUUGGACACAACAGAUAAACAUGGAUGGACGCCGCUAUUGUUAGCGGUGAGGAGUGGAAAUGUAACAAUUAUCAAACUGCUCCUUGACGCUGGGGCUUCGCCAGAUGUGCGGACUGAAGCAGAGGAGACAAUACUGCAUUUGGCGGCAAGGAAUGGAGACGGCACAAUCUUUGAGAUAUUACUUCGCACCAAAGGUGUUGAGCUCAAGAAUGCAAGAGAUGGCCAGGAGAGAACGCCCUUAUGGGUAGCGGCGCAAGGUGGCCACGUGAAGAUUGUUGAGCUACUUCUUGGUACCGUGGCUGAGAACGACGCAAGAAACAGAUUCAAACAAACGCCGCUACGAAUGGCAGCACAACAUGGCCACUGCGCCGUUGUCAAGAUGCUGCUUGAGAGUAAUUGUGAACCAGAUGCCAGAGACUGCAAUGAACGGACACCACUGUGGACAGCGGCGAGGAACGGACACGAGCAGAUUGUUGAACUUUUGCUCCAGACUCACAAGGUUGACCCGGAUGCAAUUGACAUAGCUGGGCAUACACCGCUUUGGGCAGCAGCUGAGAAUGGCCACAAGAUUAUCAUGUCGCUUCUUUCCGAGACUGGGAAAGUUGAGCUGGAUUAUAGCAAAAGACGGCUACGAACUGCAAAACGGGACUGA